ACUGUGGAAAAUUCCGAUAAGGCAAAGCUUGACCAAACUACAAUUUUUUGAUAACAUAGUGACAGCAAGAUGUCGGAGCCAACAAUAGAAGAUAACGGUAAGCCGACCAGCCAACAAGAGCUGUACAGUCCAGAGUCCCCAGCGGAGCCCUGCUGCUCCAGUUUAAAGAUUUUUAUUGGGGCGCUUUCCUUCGCCUACUUCUCCAAAACUCUGUGCGGGACCUACAUGAAGAGCACCAUCACUCAGAUUGAGAGAAGAUUUGACCUUUCCAGCUCUGCCGUGGGCUUCAUUGAUGGAAGUUUUGAAAUGGGUAAUUUGCUGUUUGUGGCAGCAGUCAGUCACUUCGGGGCCAGACUGCACAGGCCGCGGCUCAUAGGAAUGGGUUGUUUCCUCAUGGCCAUUGGCUCAGCUCUCACCGGACUGCCACACGUGUUCAUGGGCCGGUACAAAUUUGACACAGUAAUACAAGACUCUGCAAACGAGACUGUCAUUAUAGCUCCUUGCCAAUAUCUCACGAAUCCAAGUGAACACUCAAUAAAGCGCAUCGAUAAUACCACUGGAACAGAUUGCGUGAAGGAUCCUGGAUCUAGUAUGUGGAUCUAUGUGUUUUUGGGUAAUGCUCUCAGAGGAAUCGGAGAGACGCCAGUCACACCGCUCGGGAUAUCGUAUAUUGAUGACUUUGCAAAAGCAGAAAACUCUGCAUUUUAUAUUUCGUGUCUUCAGGCUAUUAUGCUGCUGGGUCCCAUGUUUGGAUUUCUGCUGGGCUCCAUGUGUGCCAAACUCUAUGUGGACAUUGGAUUUGUCAGUGUUGACAGUGUGCCCAUCACUCCUCAGGAUGCCCGCUGGGUGGGCGCUUGGUGGUUGGGCUUCUUUGUGUCGUCUGCUUUCUUAGUACUUGCAGGUGUUCCUUUCUGGUUCCUGCCCAGAUCUUUACCCAAACAAGGAGAGGAAGAGAAGGAAGUCCAUAUUGUUGAUGAUGCCAACAAGGAACAAUCUGUACUCCAGACCGCACAGACAAUGGCACUGGCAGACAUCGCAAAAGGGUUCUUGCCGUCUCUGAAAAGACUCCUGUGCACUCCCGCAUAUUUCCUGCUGCUGUGUGGGAUUGUUUUGAAGUUCAAUUCUUUCAUCGGCAUGCUCACCUUCAAAGCCAAAUACAUGGAGCAGCAGUUUGGUCAGUCUGCGUCAAGAGCGAACUUCCUGAUCGGUGUCCUCAUCCUGCCUGUGGUGGCUGUGGGGAUAUUUUUGGGUGGCUUGCUAAUGAAAAGAUACAAGUUGAGCGUGGUUGCAGGAGCUCAGCUUUCCUUCAUCACCUCCUUCACCGCCUUCCUCCUCCUGCUCCUCCAUUUCGGCACAAAGUGUGACAAUGUGCCUGUGGCAGGAAUAACAGUGUCCUACAAUGGGACCUCUUACAUGUCAUCAGAUCAGCGCUCACUGGAGUCUCAGUGUAACCAGGGCUGCUCCUGCACCACAUCUGAAUGGGACCCCGUGUGUUCGGAUAGCGGCAUUACAUACAUGUCGCCUUGUUUGGCAGGAUGCACUGCCUCUACUGGACAAGGCAAAAACACGGUUUUCCACAACUGCAGCUGUGUUUUAAGCCCGUCUCCAGCAGAGGGCAGCAGGUCUGUGUCUCUGGGUCAGUGUCCUCGAGGAUCAGCCUGUGCCCGCAGUUUCACCUCCUACAUGGCUGUUUCUGUCCUCAGCUCCUUCAUCAACUCUCUGGGCACAACUCCUGGAUACAUGAUCAUUAUACGAUGUAUUGCACCUGAACUGAAGUCUCUGGCAUUGGGAAUUCAGACUCUUGUGAUGCGAACACUAGGUGGUAUUCCUGCUCCAAUAUAUUUCGGAGCUCUCAUUGACUCAACAUGUCUAAAAUGGGGAUUGAGGAAAUGCGGUGGUAGAGGAGCCUGUCGGAUAUACGACUCAAAUAUGUACAGAGUCAUCUUCUUGAGUCUGACCACAGCUUUAAGUGGAUGUUCCUACUUCUUCAUCAUUGCAGUCAUUGUGCUGCUGCGCAAGCAGUUCAUCAAAGAAGAGGUCAAAGCAUUACAGCAAAUGGCCAGUAAACAAAAUGAAAUUGAACUUCGCUCUCCAGAAAUGCACCAUCCUGAUGGAUCAAAAACUGAUGAAAGAGAAAAACACAACACUGAAGGAUAGCAGUGAGCUACAUCGCGGUGUAACUCCAGGGAUUUCAGCGGACAUUAUUGGCAUGGUAAUCGCUGGAGAACUACAUGCCAUAAAGAAACAACACAGCCAGAGCACUCUUUACGCUGCUUCAUGACCCACAGUUUGUAUUUGUUAAUAAAUCUAUUUGAGGUAAACUAUGUUCUCUAAUAUACAACUGUUUGCUGCAUCCGGAAGCUUAGGCUGCUGUCUUUUUGCCUAACUGCCCUAUCAGGCAAGGACACCAGAGGCAGCAUAAAGUUUCAAUCAUGUACAACAAAACAGAAAGAGCUCUGGUGAUAACGG